UCUCUGUGCGAGCCGACACCACUACAAAUCAAACUCACCCAGCGCCCAGCGGAGAGAGAAAGGAACAUGAGAAACGGAGAGGUGUAAAGGGACAGAAAUCGCCAUAUCCGACGCCAGUGGGCUAUAAUGGAGCACGCUGAAUAGAGGACAUCCGCUGUGGUGAUCCGAAAUGCUGUCUCUGUUUCCCGCAGAGGAGGGAUAUGACAAGGCAACUGGCCAGGACGGGAGAUGAGAGUCACACUGUUUCGGAGACCCUCUUCUUCCUGUGAUCUGACUGAGCAGUCCGCCUGUGAGCCGCGGGGCUUGAGGGGUGUACGGGGCACGGGGCGCACAGCUCACAGCGGCUCCAGCUCAACUGUGGAUUGAAGAAAACUGGUUCUUUCUGUAUCUUAUUUAAACCUGCUGGAGCUCUGUGGGUCUCCGAAGGGAAGGGUGGUCUUCGCCAUGAGGGCUGUUUCAGCAAACUUAUUCGCUCUUCUUUUCCUGUGCGCCCUUGCAAGUGUUUUCUACGUCUGGAGCGCACUGGAGAACCGUUUGGAGCGACACAAACGGAGGUUCUCAGUACCGGGCGGAGGGUCUUUUCACCAAGGUCUCCCAGUAGACCUCUCCGCCAAAACUUUCCGGGUAUUGCUCGCUGUCCCAGCGGCACAGAGACCGCACUUGGGGGGCAGACUUGAGGCUCACAACCUCACUGAUCCAACUGUCUCUGCAGGAAAUCGAGAUUACCAUGUGAAUGGGGAUAACAAGAGGUCAGCGCGGCGGGAGGGCCCGGUCAAGUUAGGCUCCCCGGUGGAGGAUGGGAUAUUUUGGAGUGAAUGGCUGGAAGAUCUCCACCCUGUGGGCUUCAAGGAGGAAUAUGCUCGGGCUUGGCGAGAGAGAGCCAGGACAUACCGGAUAGUGAAGCUGGAGCCUGGAUGCGGCAGGGUAUCUAAUCAGCUCGCCACUUUUGCAGAUGGGACCAAAGCGUGUGUGCGUUACGGGAUAAACGCGGAUCAGGUGCAAGGAGAAACUUUGACAUAUUACCUUGCCAGUUUGCUAGGCAUCACAAACCUGCCGCCUCUGAUACUGUCCCAGCUGAGCGGUGACAGUGAACAAUGGGCGGCUGUGAGGAAGAGGAUAGAUAGUUUACAGUGGAGUGAUCGAGCCGUGGUUUCUCUCACUGAGUGGGUCUCCAACCUGACCGGGGUAGUCACACCCGCGCCGCUCAGACAGGAGAGCAGCGGGCUGCAUCCUGUGCUCGAGGAGCUCUGGAACAAGACGACAGCGGAGCUGCUGGAACUAAUGCAGUGGACCGACCUGAUCAUAUUCGACUACCUCACUGCAAACUUCGACAGACUCGUCAGCAAUCUGUUCAGCCUGCAGUGGGAUUCGCGCGUAAUGGAGAGAGACACCAACAACCUCCUCAAAACACCCCGUGGUGACCUUGUAUUUAUAGACAACGAGGCCGGACUCGUGCACGGGUUUCGGGUGUUAAACAUGUGGGAGAAAUAUCACAAUACAGUAUUGAGUUCCGUGUGUGUGUUCAGAAAAAGGACCACGCAGCGCGUGGCGGAGCUGCACAGGCGCAGAGACUCCAGGAAAAGGCUGCUGGAGCUCUACAGAGACAGCGAGCCCUUGUCUCUGGAAUUGGGAUUUCUCUCAGACGAGCACGCUGGUGUUCUCCAGGACAGGAUAGACAGAUUAUACAAACACAUUUUGCAUUGCAAGGGAAAGUACGGCCAGCUGUGAGCAUUCUGCACGCACAGGUGAUGGAUUUGUUGCCAGCACAGUAUAAUGAGCUCUGCAACUGCGACUGGCACACCUGUGAUAAACUGAUGCGCAUUACACAAAACUGUCUUGAAUACCCAGCUGAACUACCUCUUGUGAAUAGAAUAUGUUGCCUACUUUAUAAAUAAGUAAAAUUGACACAUGUCUAUAAGCUCCCAGCUUAGAUUUCCAGUGUAUGCCUCACAUAGACGAAUAAUUAAGGCGAGGGUAGGUUAUAUAUGUGACUAGGGUAUCAUAAUGCAGUCCUUCAUAUGUGUGUUUUGAUUCUUGAUCCUUGUGUUCAGUAAUCCUAAUGAUAAACUCCUAAGCCUUAACAUAAAUUGACUCUUGAAUACUUUCUGUUGACAUCUGGCUUGCUUUUUAUAGAAAAUAAUUUGCACAGUACAUUGUCAUAGCAGCACCUGCACUCUUGUAAUUGUGUUUGGAUUGCACAUUCAGCCUUAAAGUCACAGGUGUAUCAUAGCCACUGUACAUGUAAGUAUGUUGUAAAUAUUGUCUGCCAACCUGUUUUGGAAAGUUGAUGCUCCACUAAUUUAAGUGAAUUGUAACAUUCCAAAAUCUCUUGUCCUUUUUGAUAAAUACACUGUAAUUUAACUGUU